AUGUUGUUAUUUUCGAAUAGCAUUAUAUCCUUUCAUGAAACUACUUGGAAUGAGGCAAAAACUGAAUGUGAACGUGAUAAUGCUAUAUUAUUUCUACCUGAACACUUUACGACACCGUUCUUGACAAAGUCCUUAGUUUUACGUCGGCACAGUUACACAUCCUCUGGUGUUGCACAUCUUGGUAUUUUUUAUGAUAAUCGAAACCGUACUGCCACGCAAUGUAGUACAAUCGAUGAAAGUCCUUUACCAAGUUUACUAGAUUUCAAUAAUUUUCAUACUUUAUGUGAAAGAACAUUUGAUCAAUAUUAUGAAAAAUUUAUAUCAUCAUCAGCUUUAUCAUCAAACGAUGAAGAUCGAGAAAAAACUGAGCAAAUUAGUUGUGCAUACGUUAAUUUUUCAUCUAAUUCUGCAUCAUCGAUUUCAUGUGAUCAAAAAUUCUAUAAUCGACUAGCAACUGUAAUAUGUCAAAAAUCACCUAUUGUAAAAAUACGUGCUGUUGCAGUAAAAAAUUGUUAG